AUGACAGAGGAUUAUCAAACAACAAACGCUGUUGUGGAAUCGGCCUUGACUAAUAUGUUGUUGAAGGACUUGAAUGAACUCUUAAACCUGCACGGUGAAAAUAUUGAAGAUUAUGAUCUCUCACCUUUACCCCUUAAUACAGUACAAGGAGAUUCGAUUCCAAGUGUCAUACAGGAGGAGUUAGCGGUCGAUAUCCCCAAUGAAGAUAUUAAAUCUGUUGCGAAGUUAAAUAAUGACCAAGUGAUUGCAUUCAAAACCAUUACGAAUGUAAUUGAUCAAAAACACAGUGGGGUAUUUUUUGUUGAUGGUCUAGGAGGAACAGGUAAAACAUUCCUUUAUAGAGCAUUAAUGGCAAGUUUAAGAAGUAGAGGAGAAAUUGUUUUGGCAACUGCAUCAUCUGGUAUAGCUGCAACGUUGUUACCCGGUUGUAGAACUGCACACUCUCGAUUUAAGAUACUGUAA